AUGGCAACCCAAUCAAGCGUUGAGGCGAACCCUAAGUCAAUUACUAUCGAGCUGCGCGACCUUCCCGCGCCUAGCGGCCCACUGCCCGAAGACGACGAAGAUGACGAAGACGAAGCGACAAGUAAAGAGGAGGCCUUGAAGCCGAAGGAAGUAAAAGAAGCCAAAGAAAGCGAGGAACGAGACAAAAGCGAGAAGUAA